AAAUUCAAACCAAAAACAUACAUAACACCAAAAAAAAGUAACCACUUUAAUUUCGUCGUCAUAUAUUUUCUCAUUCAAACUUGUUAUUAGGUUAAAAUAUUUAAAGCUCGACUCAAGAGUCGGUUCAGAACCAAUAACAGCUGUGUGUACCAGAUGCAAACUCAAAUCGUGUCGUGAUUUGUGUUGGUGGAAAUGCAUUCACGCUAUCAUCUCUAUCUGAAAUUAGCUUAUUUACAAAAAUUUGUAGUUUCUUUUGUUUAUAUGUUGACUUGCCACUUCUGUUUCUGGUGAUUAUGAGCUGCUUCGGCUGCAGUCGUAAGUACGGAUUAUUCUGCAAAGAAUAUGGAUGCCCGAACUGCGGCUACUCAUUUUGCUCCAAGUGUCUGAAAAGGCCGAUGCCAGUUCCUCGUCAUGCGGGAAAGGUCCUUAAUGUGUGUCUUAUAUGCUUCGACAAGCUGUCCAAAUUACAGGCAAGUGCCGAUGCGGAUAAAGUCGUAGAUUGCGAUGCAUUGCCAGGAGUCUUAGUCACCAAAUACAACCUGCCACCACCCUCAAAAUCGACUUUAGAGGGAGCCGACGGACUCUUUGACGAAAACCUGCCUAUUGAUGAAUUGCCAGAGGCUUUGGUUCCAAUUAGCGAAACGACCAGCUCGACAACACAUUCCAAGAACCAUGAAGAUAUUGACGAAAAUUUGGACAGUGCAUUGACAAAACGAAUGCAGGAGUAUAAAAAAGUGGAUGCUACAGAUGAUGAGAUUCGCGCUAGACUCUCCAAUCUGACAGGAUUGCCCCAUAAAGCUAACUACGAUAGAAAGGACUUACUUUUGUCCACUGACCAAAGAAAUGAUCAGGAAAAAAUGAGGGACUUGCUCGCACAGUUUGUGGAGGAAACCCACCUGGAUCAACAAGUUGAUAAGCAGAGGGAUGAGGGAAUAUCCGAUAUAGAGAGACGUUUACGAGCAUUACGUGAUAAUCCAAUUGAUUCAGAUGCAGGUCCAUCGAGAUCACAGAUCAGCACUACAAUGGACAACGAGGAGGAAGACGAGGAGACUGUUUUACAGAAUAUAAUGAAAAAUACGUGGCCGAAUCACAGUUGCCAUCAACUUCCGAUAAUGAUAUUAAUCAAAUUAAUAUUGAGCCCAAUCCGAAUACCGAAGAAUUACCUUGGUGUAAUAUUUGUAACGAAGAUGCUGUUAUCCGUUGUCAAGGAUGUGAAGGUGAACUAUUUUGUGCUCAAUGCUUUAAGGAAUGCCACGAUGAUGAUGAGGAAUACCGAGCUCACGCCAAGGAAAAAUUUAGUGCACCUCCAAAGCUUAAGGAAAAUCAUUUCUAACUCACUUGUUAUUGUUUAUCUGGCUUUUAAAGUUUUUGUUUGAUUAUAAUCUUUUCCAAAAAAUACAGCCAUUGUUUGUACUGCUAUCUUA